ACAGCAGCAAAGCAAAGCUCUAGAUCGAUGAUGGGUAAGACGAUGGCACCUCGCCUGGCCUUGGGCGUCGCCGCCGCCUGCUGCCUGGUCCUGGUGCUCCUCUCGUCGUGGGUCGGCACGGCCGCCGCGGCGGGCAAGACCGGGCGGAUCACGGUGUACUGGGGCCAGACGGCCAGCGAGGGCAGCCUCCGCAAGGCCUGCGAGAGCAACCUCUACUCCACCGUCAUCCUCUCUUUCCUCACCCGCUUCGGCGGCGGGCGCUACAAGCUCGACCUCACCGGCCACCCCUGGGGCGCCGUGGGCCCGGACGUCAAGUACUGCCAGUCCAGGAACGUCCUCGUCCUCCUCGCCAUCGGCGGCGGCUUCGGCGACUACUCCCUCGCCUCCAAGGCCGACGCCAAGGCUGUCGCCGACCACAUCUGGGACGUCUACCUCGGCGGCCGCUCCAAGCAGACCCGGCCGUUCGGCAACGCCGUGCUGGACGGCGUCGACUUCGACAUCGAGCACGGGGGCUCGAAGCAUUACGACGACCUCGCGCGGUACCUCAAGGCCUACAGCAACAAGGGGAAGAAGAAGGUGUGGGUCACGGCGGCGCCGCAGUGCCCGUUCCCGGACCGGAUGCUGGGGCAGGCUCUCCGGACGGGGCUCUUCGACCGCGUGCACGUCCAGUUCUACAACAACCCCGCCUGCAGCUACCGCGCCGGCAACAAGGAGGCGUUCACCCGCGCGUGGAGGACGUGGACGAGCAGCCUGCCGCGGAGCUCGGUGUACCUGGGCCUGCCGGCGGCGCCGCGCGCCGCCGGGAGCGGGUACGUGCCGCCGGCGACGCUGGUGGCCAAGGUUCUGCCGAUCGUGCGCCGGUCGCGGAACUACGGCGGGGUCAUGCUAUGGAGCAGGUACUGGGACAUGCAGACCGGCUACAGCAGGGCCGUCAAGCACGCCGUCUGAUGCGUGCCAUGGACACGAAAAGCUCGCCGUCGACGACCUGCCGCCGGCGGUGCCCAGUACCGGAGUCCGAUCGAUCCCCUAAGUUGUGAGAUAACUAGCUAGGGACGUGCAGCACGCACGGCACAGCAAUAACGAAACAGGGCACACGCGUGGUGCGCCUUUGUAUCGAUCUUAUUGUACGCGGGGAAGUAUAUAUACACACAUGUAUAGUAUGUGUGUGCUUCCCUGUAUUUGUAUUUUAGAAUGUAUAAUAUGUCGUGUAAUAAAUGGGGGUUUAUGUGUGCUCAUUUCUGCUUU